UGUAUUAUCGGCUGAAUUAAUCAAUCAUGUCAGCACCAAAACCAAAGGAGCUGUUCCUAGCGUCUUCAUUGCGUGACGGUCUCGAAGAUAACAACAUCAAUCAAGUGACGACUCUCCUGGAGCACAAGGAGGCUGAUCCCAAUAUUUUACUCCCUAUGCAUGGUAUAUCCCCUUUUCAUCUGGUAAUUGGUAAUGAAUCCGAGACUUUUGCUGAGGAAGUGACUCGUCUCUUCCUUCGACAUGGAGGUGAUCCCAAUGUGAGAUCAAUUGAUGGCAUGACUCCAGUGCACGUGGCUGCUGCUUGGGGAAGAAUAAAAGUCCUAGAAUUGCUUUUAGCUAAUGGAGGAGAUCCUUUGGCUCUCGACGACGAGGGUCGAAGCCCCUUUCACUACGCCUUUGACGGUUCUUAUUAUCAAGCCAUCGUUUUAUUAGGACAAUAUUGCACAAAAGUUCAAGAAGAAGAAGAAGAAGAAGAGAGCAGCGAAUUGGACAAACCACAGAUCCAAAUAAAAUUGGAGAAAAUACUUGUAAAUCGGGGAGACGUUGUUGCUGAAUACGUCCCCUCGGAGAUCGAUUUAACUGAGGAUUCAAUCACCACGGGCGCAAUUAAUACAGCUGCGCAAACUUUGGAGGGGACGUUUUCCGAGGGUUCAGAGUCGAGGUCAGCAUCCCAUGGGGAUCCACCAUCUCUCCAUAGUGAUAAUAUAACGCUCAGGAGGUAUCAGACAUGCAGGGGUAAAAAGAUGUCUCCGAUGAUUGGGCAAGAGUUGCUGGGGCUUGAUAAAGAGAGGAGUGCUGCUGAGGAGAAAAUCCUCAUCGGACAAAUCAUUCACAGACUCUCUGAUUCGUUCAACAAAGCUGAGAAAGAGAACUUCAAUUUGAAGGAGAAGGAGAGUAUUAGCAAUGGUGGGAAGAAAAAAUUUUGCAGUCUUCUGCCGAAACCCAAGUACUUCAAGAAAAAUCUAGAAACACCAAAGAAGGAGAUAAUUUUUCCAGCGCAUUUGGAUAAUUCAAUCAUCAGUACUUCUCCUAAUUUCAGAAUUGGAGGGCUGACAAUGGACACUACACCCACCCAAAGAGAGAAUAUGAAAUUUAGGAAUAAUUACACCCCUAAGAAUUUUUACAGUCCUUCCAUCAGAGCGACUUCUGUUACUCCUCAAGUCAAAAGUGCGAGCUCCACUCCCAAGAAAAGUAUCUCAGCAUCGAGAGGUCAACGAGUCGGCAAGAGAGUCAACGAGAAAAUUAAUAAAACUCCUCUCAAUAAGACUUAUAAAAAAAGUGAUGUGUUGGAGUUUUCACCAGAGGUUGAGAAAAAUUUGAAAAUGGUUAAUAGAAGACUGCUGUCUAAAGAAUUUGCCAAAAGAUUGGAGAAAUCAUUUGAUGAUGAUGAUAUUGAAGAUAAGAUUGAAGAUUUGAAGGGGAAGAAUUGCAAUGAAAUAAAUAAUGCAAAGUAUUCGACGACUCCUUCGCUUAAUAAUAACAUUGAGGUGAAGAAUGCAAUUAGAAAUGACGUAAUGAUUAAAUCGUGCAAUAGUCCUUUAAAAAAAUUGAAUGAUAAAAAUGACAACAAUAUAAUUAGAUCUCCGGUGACUCCUACAAUGAAGAAGAGACAAGGAAAAAUUAAUCAGAAUAUUCCGGUGAAGUGUGAGGGCAGCAAGUUACUCUUUGAAAGUCCGGGGUCAUCAAACCCAAGGUCGUUGACCUCUUCACCGAAGAGAGAGAGCACGAGUGAGGAAAAAAAACUUUUGAAUGAAAUCGAUGAGAUUUAUCGGGAAAAGGGGAGAACACCACGGGCUUCAGUCUCAGGAAUGACAAAUGACUCAUUGAAUGAAGCGAGUCUGAAUUCCGAAAAUACGUCGUCGACGAUGGAUACCACUUUUUCGCCAAACGUUAAGAAAUUUUCUGAAAGGGAUUCUCCGGGUGUGACGAAGGAUUCGGAGAAUUUUUCUGCUUUCAGAACCCCUUUGAGAUCCACGAUGAGCUCCAGGUGCAGCACCGAGACAUUCUUCAGUGUUGAUGAGGAGUACGCUUACGUUGAUCCAGAAAAAAAUGUCGCCUUCCUCGAACGUCGAUUAAGAGUACUCCCACCCAGUAAAUGCGAAGAUAUGAAUAAUGUCGUAGAUGAAUCUACGUGGAUCGACAUGUUUCAAGGAAUGUCGAUGGAAUCAACAUCAAGUGUUCCCGCCUCCAUCGGCCGCCACAGCACAAUAUCAGUCGAUCACUACUCCCUUAGAUAUCGUCUGAUAGCACUGGGGGAAGUUCCUGGACCCAUAACCGAUACAACUUUCAAUGUUUAUCUCAAACGUCUACGAGUAUUAGAGAGGACCAGUAAAACUUGUGAAAAAGAACUAGUCCCCCGUGGUAUUGAGCCCCCACUCCAGAUUAGUUUGCCAAAAAAUUUCUCGAAGGAACUGCUGUCAGUGGAUUGGACAAAAGACCAUCAGAAGUACAAAGAAAUAGAGCACGAUGCGUUCAAAGAGUACGAGAGACCUUCGGCAGGGAGGAAUUACCGAGGAGGCAUUGCUAAAGUUUCCUUUAAUUACCUCCUAUUAGAUCCCAGAGUGACUAAUGAUCUUCCAAGGACUGGAAAUUCUCUAUCGUUAGCAGAACGUUGGAAAAUUUUUCUGGAGGCAAUUUUCUACGUUGGCAAAGGAAAAUCUGCAAGGCCUGCUGCGCAUCUUUACGAGGCUUUUGACUUGUGGACUGGAAAAAAACGCAAUAAUCAGCCUAAUGAUAAGCUGAAGAGAAUCAUGGAGAUCUGGAAGAGUGGACAGGGGGUCGUUUCUCUACAGGUUUUUUCGAAUUCAAUGCAGGAGGAGGCCUUCACCAGGGAAGCUGCAAUGAUCGAUGCUCUUGGAUCUACGAAUUUGAGUAAUUGUUUGAGAGGUCAGUAUUAUGGAAUUGUUUCUACUAUGAAUAUGGCGGAGAAAAAAAUGUUGGGAAAGUUUCUGCUGUAUAAUGCAAUGCAGAUUUUCAUGCAUGAGGGCGAGCGACAGUUAUUUCCCAGGAAUGUGGAAUAAUGUUAUUUUGUUGUCGAGUAUAUCGACUUGAAUUUUUUUUCUUCGUAGAGUAAAUGAUUACGGAUCUUGGAGUUGAGAAGUUUCGAUUGUGAUUUAGACUAGGCUGUAAGAUAAUUCCUAGGAGAUAUAUUUUCUGAGUUAUAUAUUCAGGGAGUGAGAGAAAAUUCACGAAAUUACAUUUUUACUGGAAAUAUUGUAAAUAAUUGAAAUGAUUAUUGUGUAAAGUUGAUUAAAUGACGACUGAUCUCAAGGACAAUAAAGAAUAUAUAUGCUCAAUUAA